CCUGGGGCUGCGGCCCCCAGCGCAGUUCCUCAUUCCCCUCGCACUCGGGCCUCAGACUCAGUGCAGCUGGGCACUGGGGUGUUGGUGGCAGCGCUGAGGGGCCCCCACUGCCCCAUCAUGGCGUCUGCUCUCACUGUCCUCCUCCUCGAGGGGUUCUACUCCAAACCCUCCAUCUCCGUCAGCCCCAGUGGAGUGAUCCCCGUGGGGGGAAACGUCACCAUCCGAUGUUGGCAUCUGCACCAGAACAUGAGGAUCCAACUCUACAAGGCUGGAGAUGGGAACUAUCUGUCUUACACAGACCCUGCCGGCUCUGAGGCUGAAUUUCCCAUCACCAGCGCCAGACGGGAACACGGGGGCAGCUACACCUGUCGUUAUAUCUACAGAUCAGGAGGAACUGUCUACUCGGAGCCCAGUGACCCUGUGCAGAUCAUUGUAACAGAUCCCAGCUUACCCAGACCCUCCAUCUCUCUGAGCCCCUCUGGGGUCACCGCCCCAGGGGCAGAUGUCACCAUCCAGUGUCAGGGUCCACGCUGGGACGUGAGGUUCUUCCUGCACAAGGCUGGAGACCUGAACCCGCAGCAACACAUGGACCCUGCUGGGGCCGGGGCCGAGUUCCGCAUCCCCACCGUGGGCCGGCAGCACGGAGGGAGCUACAGCUGCAGCUACCGGCCCCGGUCAGAGCCCUUCGUCUUCUCGCAGCCCAGCGACACCGUGCAGCUGGUGGUAGCAGACGCUGGUUCUGUUCCCGCAGGGAGAACCGACUCGGCCCAGCCUGGAGCGGUGCCGGCUCCCACCCACCCAGGCAGCGCAUGGCCAGGCAGAUCGGAACCGCCGGCACCUCCGGGUCUGACCAGCCUCACCAUCGCCGGGGUGAGUGCAGCAGCCGUCGGUCUCCUCCUGCUUCUCCUCCUGCUCGUGGCCUUUGUGUGCUUCAGAAAAACCAGAGCCAGAAAAGGAGCCACACCGAGACCAAGCAGCACCAUCCCUUUGGCGGUGUUGAAGGCCCCGGCUCAGCAAGACCCCAUCUACUCCUCCAUUGACGAAGGGAAAGAGACACAGACCCUGCCCCAGGAGCCCGACUCCUACGGACUCACCUACGCUGAGCUGAACCACCAGGCACUGCAGGCCAAGCAGGGGGGCCUGGCCCCUGCUCCUGACCCUGUCCAGCCCAGUGUGUACGCCGCGAUCAACGUGAGCCAGGGUGGCUCCCUGCAGUGAGAGCCCCCCCGCAGCCAAGGGGCGCUGGCCCCCAGCAUGUGACAGACUCAGACUCACAGACCUUAAGGCCAGAAGGGUCCAUCGUGAUCAUGAGCUGCUGCACUUCGCAGACCACAGAGCCUCACCCACCCACUUCUGUAGCGGCCUCCAGCUGAGUCACUGACGGCCUCAAAUCAUGGGUUAGAAACUUCAAGUUACAGAGAAUCCACCAUUGACACUAGUUUAAACCUGCCAGUGCCCCGCGUCCCAGGCUGCAUAUGAAGGUAAAACACCUGCAGGGUCUCUGCCAAUCUGACCUGGGGGCUCAGGCCUCCCAGCAGGGCGAUGGCCUCCCUGGGGCCCCAG